AUGCCUGGCCUUCCCAGAAACUGUCUCGGGGCUGAGCGCCACCAGCGAAGCGAGUCACCGGUUCCCGCGAUAAAACAGGCUGAGCCCAUCGGCAUCCGCCGCCCACCUAGCGAUAACAAAUCACGCCCACUACCCAAGCGCCGUGAAAAGAGGAACGCCUUUCCGUUAUCUUUGAUUGUCCUCUUACACAUCAAAGGAUCCCCGUUGACGCUAAAAGCGCUUCAUGUGGAUGCAGCCCGCAUUCCAUCUUUUGGGCCGCGCAGCACAAUGGACGAGGACCACGGCCCGCAGUCCAUCGCCCCGGCGCACGCACCGCCGGGCCGCCCCCUCGGCGCCCGUCUCCGCGCCGUGCGCCGGGCCUUUACCACGAAGCAGGGGCUCAUCGGCGCCUACGACUACGGCUUCCUGUUCCGGCCCAACCUGCCGUUUAUGCGCCGCUCCGCCUCGCGCAGCCCCUUCUUCGCGCUCAACGACCGCGUGCCCGUGCUGCUCGCCCUGCUGCUCGGCCUGCAGCACGCGCUCGCCAUGCUGGCCGGCAUCAUCACGCCGCCGCUGCUCAUCAGCGGCGCCGCCGGCGCCAACCUCGACGCCCACCAGCAGCAGUACCUCGUCUCGACGGCCCUCAUCAUCUCCGGGCUGCUGUCGACGAUUCAAAUCACCCGGUUUCGGCUCUUCAAGUCCUCCUACUACAUUGGUACCGGCGUCAUCUCCGUCGUCGGCAUCUCCUUCAACCUCAUCCCCGUCGCCCUCGGCGGCUUCCAGCAAAUGUACGCCAACGGGUACUGCCCGUCCGCGCCCGACGGCACGCACCUGCCCUGCCCGCGCGGCUACGGCGCGCUCAUCGGCACCGCGGCCCUGUGCGCGCUCAUCGAGAUCCUCAUCUCCUUCAUCCCCGCGCGCACCCUGCUCCGGAUGUUCCCGCCCAUCGUCACGGGCCCGACCGUCAUGCUCAUCGGCGUGCACCUCAUCGAGAGCGGCUUCAAGGACUGGUUGGGCGGCGCCGGUCCUUGCUCGGACCCGGCGACGGCGACGGGCCUCUUCGCCGCCUGCCCGACCGUCGCCGCGCCGCACCCGCUGCCCUGGGGCUCGGCCGAGUUUUUCGGCCUCGGCUUCUCCGUGUUUAGCGCCAUCCUGCUGUGCGAGCGCUUCGGGUCGCCGAUUAUGAAGUCGACGUCGAUUGUACUGGGCCUGCUGGUCGGGUGCGUCAUCGGCGCGGCGUGCGGCUACUUUGACCGGUCGGGCAUCGACGCGGCCCCGGUGGCGUCGUUUAUCUGGGUGCACACCUUUCCGCUGUCGCUCUACGGACCGCUGGUGCUGCCGAUCCUGGCCGUGUACGUCAUCUGCGCCUGCGAGGCGAUUGGCGACAUCACGGCCACGUGCGAUGUGUCCAAGCUCGAGGUCGACGGCCCCGUGUACGAGUCGCGCAUUCAGGGCGGCGUGCUGGCCGACGGCUUCAACGGCCUUCUCGCCUGCCUCAUGACAAUGACGCCCAUGAGCACCUUUGCGCAGAACAAUGGUGUCAUUGCCCUGACGCGCUGCGCGAACCGCCGGGCCGGCUACGCCUGCUGCUUCUUCCUCGUCGUCAUGGGCGUCUUUGCCAAGUUUGCGGCGGCCAUUGUCUCCAUUCCCUCGUCCGUCAUUGGCGGCAUGACCACGUUUCUCUUCACGUCCGUCGCCGUGUCCGGUGUCGCCAUUGUGGCGCGCGGCGUUGUUUUCACGCGACGGAACCGCUUCAUCCUCACCGCUGGCUUGUCGCUUGGGUACGGCGCUACCCUCGUGCCGACCUACUUUUCCCACAUCUUCACGUACAAGGGCGAUAACAAGUCUCUCAAGGGCUUUUAUGACGCCAUCGUGCUCGUCAUGGAGAGUGGCUUUGCCAUCACGGCGGCCAUGUGCAUGCUCCUCAACUUGACAUUGCCUGAGGAACUGGAAGACGAGAUUAGUGCCGAGGAGACGGAGCUUGAACACAUCGUCAGCGCGGCUGAAGGAAAGGCACAUCCGCAGAGCAAUGCAGAUACAAGGUAG